CACUGCAAAUGGCCUCCUGUUCGACAUUUAUUGUUUGCUAGUCUGGAGUCAGCAUUGGUGGAUGAAGAAGGUUGGUGACUCUAAGAUGUUUGACAGAAUCAAACCAUCUGAUGAAGCUUCUGCUUCAGCACAAGGAAUCGAACGACGUGGUGUUGAAGGCUCUCUACGACAGGACAGCAAUAGCAGUUUACACACAAGAAGGCAAGAACAUCCCCAGCCUGGAGUAUCCACUGUGCAAAAUAGACAGGGAUACUGCAACUGUUGCCAUGUACACUACAGUAAUCUGGAACAGCAUGUUUUCAGCUCCCAGCACAGACAUUUUACCACUUACUGUAGGAAUCGAAUGGGUACCAGUAGCUUGAUGGAGCGUUUCCUGCAAGAUGUUUUACAGCAUCAUCCCCACAGAUACCAUGACAACAGACCAACCUACGAUGACAUGCCACUCACUGUCACUCCAGAGGCUGCUAGGAUUGCUUGCCUGUCCCCAGAAGAGAUGGAGAAAAAGAGGAACAGUCACAGACAGGAGAUUUCCAGCAAAGACCAGGAGUCUGUUGGUGAAAUACGCUCUUCUGCUCCAUGCCUGUCUCAUGAGGGCACAAAGAAAACUUCUGUAACACAAGCAUUUAUUCAAAAAUUAGAAAGAGGGCAGGAGCAUGUUAUAAGAAUAUCUCAGCAGUCUAUGGGCAUUUGUAGCAAUGAGAAAUGGGAUACCCUGAAAGAUGCUCAAAUGGCAAAUCAUAGCCAUGAAGGUCAGUUUACAGCUGUGAGCCCUGUACGUCAGUGUUUUUCUGUCAGUCCUUUAAUCCAUAGUUCUUCUGUUAAUCCUAAAACAGGUAAAAAUGUUAGGAAUGUGGCAGCAUCAAAUCUGAUUCCGCAUAGUGGAUGUGAUAAAACAGAAAUGGAGGUAUGCAGUGGUGAUGUGUUAUUGAACCCGUGCUUGAAUCCUGCUCCAGCACUGGCUCACCCAAAACGCCCUUCAGUUUCUCAUCAGCAUCCUACGUACAGCCACAGCAAUUCGUUAUGUAUUACCUCAGGUCAAUCUCUCUCAAAACGAGAUGGUUUACGAACUCAGGAUGAAACUUUGGUGUCUGAUUUCCAUCUCAGGGAUACUGUGGGUAUCAGCAGCUCCCUAGAUCUUGGGACAUCCCCACAACUAGCAAGAUGCAAAAGCGUGAAGGCGAACAGAGGUGAUAAAAGUUCAGUAGAUGAAACUAUUGAAGAUGUUAUUUUGAAGUACUGCCAUGGAACUACAUCUGAAGAAAUUUAUUUCAAAGAAGAGAAUAAUCCCUGUUUAAAUUUUUCGUCACUUCUGGACCAUACUCAUUUAGAGGGUUCUGAAAUGAGUUUUGACUGUGAUGCACCUAUUCAGGCAGGAACAGACUUACCCAAGGCAGCUAUAAGAGAUAUAGAAUUCCUAAAAGAGGUCCAAGUAAGUUUGCAAGAUAAAGAUUAUGGAACACAGCUCUCUUCUGUUUUAAAAAGUGAGUCAGUAGAGAAAAUAGAAGCAGUGAAACAGGAUGUCGUAGUUCAUGCCGAAGAACCAGUUCUUCCAGCUCUGCCUCAUGUGCCUCCUUCUUUUGUGGGAAAGACUUGGUCUCAAAUAAUGUAUGAAGAUGAUAUAAAAAUUGAAGAACUUGUGCGUGAUUUCAGGGAAGGUCGUUUUCGCUGCUACUUUGACAGUGAAUCCUCAGCCAACUGUACAGGGAAGAGAAUGAAGAAAAAAAAGCAGAAGGCUGAAAAAAAGAAUAAUGCUGUUGAGGGUAAUAGAACAGAAAGUGCAUCAGUUAAAGCAUUGCCGGAAUUUAAUGAUGCUUUAAGUGGUGGCUCUGAUUUUGAUAACCCAUCUUUAGCCUCGGAUACGCUAUGCAACCCACAAAUUCUUAAAAUGCCGAGGAAAAGGACAUGGCGCCUGGCUUCAAGAUGCCAGGUGGUUAAAGUCAGCCAUGGCACCCAAACAAGUCUAUUGAACUACCCUGUAGCAAAAAGAAGAAUGUCUAGAAGGGAACCUGAUCCAGCUGAUCAGAAAGCAAGCAUCGUGUGGCCGGAGAAUGAAAAAACUCCAAACAUGAAAACUAGACUAUGUGCCCUUAAACUUCCUGAGUCCUAUAGCAAGAUUAUGAGUCCUGUACAGCCCAAGACAGUGGUGUAUGUACUUUCAUGUCCAGAGAUAAAACAGUGUAAAGGUAAACCUAUAGAUAUUCCCAAAAUGAGGAAAAAUCGUAACUCCACAGAUAGCAAGGACUCUGUAAGGUAUAAAUACAAACAGUGUUCUUUUAAGUAUUAUGACCCACUGACAAAUCGAAUUCUGAAAACGCCUCCGAAGAGUACAGGUGGAGAAAAGGCCAAAAAGCCCUCCCAUGUUCGACAGCUUUUCAGAAGUCUCAGCUUUGAUGCAAACAUGAGGAAACUAGCUGAUGCACAGAGAGAAAGCACACCGUCAAAGUCACUCAAUUGGUCAGACUUCUAUAGUUCAUCUUCAGCAUCUUUCCUGCCAGAUCCAGGUAAAGGGAAUGAUGCAGCCUCAAGUCAAAAGGCAGACGGAUCUUCUGUUUCCACAGAAAGAACAGAUUGUCUGGUAUCUGGUCGCUCUGGGAACUCUUUUAAACACCUGAUCAUUUCACCUUUGAACUCUCACCAGUCUGUGGUAGAAGGAGAUGGUAGAUUAACUCCAUUUAAGAGUAGAGUUACCAAAACUCCUCUAACCUCCAUCAGGAGUGAGCGGUUAGAGAGGGAGAAUCCAAAGGCAAUGUGGAAGAGAAAAGAAGGCACUAAUAAAGAACCAGUUUUUUCCAGAAAGGCUGCAGGACCUGUGUCUGUCAGAUGUACUGUUGGGAGGAGGGGAAACAGAGUAACUGCAGGCAAACAAACUUCCAGAACUAAAAAACAGCAAAAAGAGGGAAUGAGAAGGAAACUUCGUCCUCGUGCCCAGAAAUCUUCUGCUUUCUCCAUCCAUAGGUGCCAGACAAGGAAAACUACAGUGGGAAAGCACCUUAAGAAAGAAAAGCCUGAUGCUAAAAAACUAAAGGUGAGGAGGAAACCAAAAAGGACCUUUCUGAACUCAACAGUUGUCACAGGGAUUCCUGAAAAGAGGCGGAAAGUCACGUCGGAAUCUUUUCCCAAGAAGCCAGAGCGAGCUUCUUCCAAAGUCAGGAACUGGGAAGUAAGUGGAGAUCGGGAUCACCCUAGCACUGUGAACCAACCCUCUAGAAGAACUUCUGCUGUAUCGUUACUUCGAAACUGUCUUGUUCUACCAGGUGAGAGCUAGCUACCAAAAGAACUACUUUUUUUUUUUAUAGCCAGCACCUGGAAGAAGAUUGAGGAAAAGGAAAGGGAACAAAAGGAGGUCAUAGACAAAGCAGUUGAAGUGCUAGAGCUGCAGAAAGUGCAAAGCCAGUCUAAUGUGAAACAAGUACAACUUUAAACUCAGCUCUUGUUCCUGGAAUAUGGGGACGUAAUGUAUUGCACUGUUCUAGUAUGUAAAGCUGCAGAAGUUGUGCAUUUGAGUUAAAAAGCACUUAGAAUCCUAUUUACUAGACUUCACCUGUACAUCAGAAAAAUGAGCUUGAAUAGUAUCAUAUUGUUUUUAUGGUAUUAAUAGUGCGUAAUAGUGCACUAUGAUAAGGUAAAUUAGAAGCUGUAUUAAUUGUGCCUAUUCUCAUUUUUUCACAUAAUUCUAAAGUGCAAAAAAUAACUCGGUUGUUAUGGUAGAAAUUAA